UCGGCUUGAGCGCUCUGAUUGGCUGGGUGGAAGGAAGAGGCCGCCUCCUUCCGGCACCCGGGAACUCGGGGAUGGAGUGCCGGAGCAGCUCGGGCUCGAGAGCAGAGGACCUGUGGCGACAGGACUCCCAGGAGCCAUGUUGUCAGAAGUCCUACUUGUGUCCGCUCCAGGGAAAGUCAUCCUUCAUGGAGAGCAUGCGGUGGUCCAUGGCAAGGUAGCACUGGCUGUGGCCUUGAACUUAAGAACGUUCCUCCGGCUUCAGCCGCACGGCAAUGGGAAAGUGGGCCUCAACUUACCAAACAUUGGUGUCAAGCGGGCCUGGGAUGUGGCCAAGCUUCAGAUGCUGGACACCAGCUUUCUGGAGCAAGAUGACUUCACAGCACUUACCCCGGAGCAAGUGGAGAAGCUAAAGGAGGUGGCAGGCUUCCCUGAGGACUGUGCCAACCCAGAGCACCUGGCUGUGCUGGCCUUCCUUUACCUGUACCUGUCCAUCUGCCGGAGUCAGAGGGCCCUGCCCAGCCUGGACGUCGCCGUGUGGUCGGAGCUGCCCACCGGGGCCGGCCUGGGCUCCAGUGCCGCCUACUCCGUGUGUUUGGCGGCCGCCCUCCUGACCAUGUGCGAGAAGAUCCCAAACCCGCUGAAGGACGGGGUGGCCGCCGACAGGUGGACCGAGGAGAACUUGGAAUUGAUUAACAAGUGGGCCUUCCAGGGGGAGAGGGUGAUUCACGGGAACCCCUCUGGAGUGGACAACGCUGUCAGCACCUGGGGAGGAGCGCUCCGAUACCAGCAAGGGAAGAUUUCAUCUUUAAAGAGGCCGCCGGCUCUGAAGAUCCUGCUGAUCAACACCAGAGUCCCUCGCAGCACCAAGGCCCUGGUGGCCGGCGUCCGGAGCAGGCUGCUCAAGUUCCCAGAGAUCGUGGCCCCCCUCCUGACCUCCAUAAACGCCAUUUCCCUGGAGUGUGAGCGGGUUCUGGGGGAGAUGGUGGCGGCCCCGGCCCCGGAGCACUACCUCGUGCUGGAGGAGCUCAUCGACAUGAACCAGCACCAUCUGAAUGCCCUUGGUGUGGGCCAUGCCUCGCUGGACCAGCUGUGCCAGGUGACCAUGGCCCACGGACUGCACAGCAAGCUCACUGGCGCGGGCGGCGGGGGCUGUGGCAUCACGCUUCUCAGGCCAGAUCUGGAGCGGCCAAAGGUGGAGGCCACAAAGCAGGCACUGAUCAGCUGUGGGUUCGACUGCUGGGAAACCAGCAUCGGUGCCCCUGGUGUUUCUGUCACGCGGCCACGUCCCUGGAUGCCCCUGUCCGGCAAGCCCUGGAUGGCCUCUGAGAUGAGCCCCCCCACCAUGAAGCCCCUUCCCAUACUGUUCUGGGCGCUGGAGUUGGCCUCUGUGCCAGCCGUGGGCACCCAGCCCCUCUGUGACGCCCCUCGCGCUGGCCAUGCCCCCCAGUCCCCAGCGUGAGUCAGGCUGCCCGGAAGCCAUGGUCUGUGUUCUGCAGUGCUCUCGAGCCAGCAGGCAGUGGGGCCACGUGGGGUCCUCUGAGACUGCGGACCUGAGACUCAAGGGCCUCUUUCCCGUCCUCUCUGAAGCUCCCACGGACCCACAAACUCCCUGGUGGAGCUGCUUGGAUGCCAGAUGCAGGGAUCUGGUUCCCGGAGCAGCGGGCCUUCUCCCUCCCUCCUCUCCUCACCUCCUCCAGGAAACCUCGCCAGGCUGUUCUCUCCAGCUAGACUGUGGGUCUCCCCAGGGGGUAUCUGGGUGGUGGUCUUUGCCUUCUGCCCUGCGGCCCCAGGGUUGGCCACAGGCAGGGUCGAUGUGCAGUAUCUUCCAGUCUGAACCCAAGGGGUUUGCAGAAAGGAUGGCAAAGGGGGAAUAAAAAGAUCUUGAGUAAAUAGUGCUUCACUCCAUGUCCGGAAAGAAGGGGGAGGGUCUGGUAGUCUCCAGCUGCUCACACCUGCCUCCCCUGUUCUGUCCCUUCUCCAGCCACUUUCUCAGUGGAAAGAAAGGCUUUGGGUCACUUGGUUGUGUCUCGGGAUGGGCUGGGGUUUCCCCAGAUGGCCCUGGCUAGACAGGGACGGAUGCCCGGACAUCAAGCUCUCAGCCUGUCAGCAGAGCUCCAGCCCACUUUUCCAGAAAGGGGGAUUUUAAGCUUCCUAGCUUCUGAAAUCGUGAGUACCCACUAAUUUGCAGACUUCUGUAAGAAAUGGAAGCAAAACCUGCUGUAAGUCAUGGAAUAUUCCUUUCUUUCUUAAAAUUGGGUGGGGAAAAGAGACUUGAGUGCUGGUAGCCAGUGCCUGCCACCUACCUAGCCCUAUUUGAACUUUAUAUUGCAAGUCAAGGCUCUUUGUGAAAUGGCAGAAUCCGUGCAAAAGGCUUGGUAGCCAGCACAUUGCACCUGGAAGCUCUGGGAGCCCCAGGUCUGCAAGAGGCCUGGCAAGAAGGUGGGGCUGGGGCAGGGAGUGCAGGAUUUGGUUAAAAUGGUUCUGUGCUUCUGCCCUUGGCCACUAGGGGGCAGCUGGCGUCUUUCCCAGCAUCUUCGAGGGGAGGGUGAGUGGGAACUAGCCUUAGAGCAGUCUCUCUGCCCCCCACACCAGGGUUCUCUCUCUCUCUCCAGGUUCUGCCUGGGGUCACUGCCAGGAAUCUGAGGGUGAUAGGAGGAACAUCUGCUCCAGCUUCACGUGGGAAAAUGGCCCUAACGUCACUGAUGGGGGGUUGCCCGCCUCCACCCUUCAAAGCAAAUAGUGCCUAAAAUGAUAAUACUAAUACUGAGGGCUUACCAUGAGUGGGGCACUGUUCUAAGUACUGUUCCUUAGUCAUCUCUUUUAAUCUACCCCAGUCUUGGAGAAUAAUUGCUAGUCCCAGCCCCAUUUUACACAUGGGGAAACUGAAGCUCAGAGAGGUUGAGUAACUUGUCCAAG